AUGAGCAAUACAAUAGAUAUCACUGAAUUCGUGGAAGUACCUGAAGGACAAUCCACUUUAUGCUUUCCGGAUGAGAAACAGCAGGCCCGUUUUGAGCUAGGCGUUUCCAUGAUGGUUCACAAAUGGGAUGCUCUGGAUACCGCUGUAGAAAAUCAAUGGGGUGGACCAGACUCAGAGGAAAAGAGAGAUUGGAUUACUGGUAUUGUCGUGGACUUGUUCAAGUUGGGGAGAGUGGUUGAUGUUGCCUUGAUUGAGGAGACACUGCUUUAUGCUAUGGUAGACGAAUUCGAAACCAAUGUGGAAGAUGACUCGGCCUUACCAAUCUCAAAGGGAAUACUGGAUCUUUAUAAUCAAUGUUAUGCACUACAAUAUGGAACCGUGGAGGAAUUAUACUCGGAUUGGUUGGAGAAGCAAAAGACUAAAAAAGUCAAGAAAAAUAUUCAUAUUCAUAAUGAUGAUGAUGAAUCUUCAUCAGAUGAUAACGGUAGUGGAGAUGAAGAUGAGGACUUUGAUAUGGAUGAACAAGCCCAAGAAAGACCAAACCUGAUUCAAGAACCUAUAAUAGAUGACGAUGGUUUUGAACUUGUUCAAAAGAAGGGAAAAGGUAGAAAAUAUUGA